UGGAAUUCCUAACCUAAGAGGAUAAAUUUGUGAUUAAAGUGGCCAGUACAACAAAACACCAAUAUAUUAACCUAGCAUGUCUAUAAAAAAGUACAAUAUCUAAAUCCAACUAAUCUCGUUUGCUAGUCUUGAUUCUUCUUGCUCCUUCCCAAAUGCCAUUUUAAUUGGUGUCGGCGAUUAUGUCACAAAAUAUCAUAAAAGCUAAACGUCCAUUCGUGUAAACAAUCACUUAAUCUUAGCACUAGUAAUCAUAAAGUUUUAGCGCUAAAUCGAUAGUUGGGUGCGUCACUUAAAAUUUCAGGCUACGGGAAGCGAGUUCCCGCCACUGGACUACGCGCCACACCCGAUAACGUCACCUAUACUUUAUAUCACCCUGUUUUCGCAAAACGGACGCAGUUUGGGGCGAUGUUCGCGCGCAAAAUGUCGCCACAAUAUAUUAUUUUCAUUGUUCUCAUUUCUUUGGCGUGCGCGAAAAGUUUGGGAAGUUACGGCCGCGGAAAAUCUUCGCAUACUUACCCUCACUCCACUGGGCACUCCGGCUCCAACGUGUUUCAUAGUCAAACUACUUAUCAGACUAAUCGUGGUCACUUUUAUCCAGACUCGCCCGGCCUCUCCGGCUCUGGGAAUAAGCAGUAUGGACAUCAAACGACAAACGUUCAACAAAAGACUUACCACUCGCAUACAUCCAAAACCGAAGUGCACCACCACUAUCAUUACAACCCUCCCCCUCAUAUAACUUAUGGAUCCCAGUCGUUCCCAGUGUACCACGGCUCUCCUCCAAUCUACGUCUAUCAAUACAGAGACUCGGGAAGCAGGUUUGACACCUUGCUCACCGGUCUUGCUUUGUACAAUCUUGGAAAAAUGUCUGCGCAUAACCACCACUACGACGACCGUCGCUACGAGACCCGGCCGGAUGAAAUUUGCAAGCUGGGAAUCCGUAAAUCUAACGGUGAUUAUGAAGAGACUCGAGUUAAUUGCCAGCUAAUGAGCAGUUUUAUUUGGGAAACGGAUACUGCCAAUAACCACGUACCAAAAACAACAAAUACUGUUACUACGUCUGUCAUGAACCAGACAAUUACCAACAUCAAUGGAUCGGUGAGUUCGGUAACUACCACGAAUACUACGGUGGUGGAUGCUUUAUCCGCCAAAGGGCCUUCUAUCCAGGUAACGCCGGGAAUGACGUGCUACCUCAUACGGACCGCAAGAGACUUUACGGGAAUGAAGAAAACUGUGGAUUGUGCUAUUCUGCAAACCUACGCGAUGAGUUCUAUGAGUAGGAAUGGAUCGGAGCGAUUGACGCCACUUUUGAAAUUAUUCGUCAUAGGUCACUCCGUAGUUUUUAUUUUAUUAUAUUAAAUAUUUAUAAUUGCCUCCCUACAUAAAUUACGACUUGAAUAUAUCAACAAUAAUAAAACUAAAUAAGACAUUGUUCUUGUUAAUCGAGAUAUAUAUUUUCCAUUUAAAAAAUGUAACAAGUUUCUUAUGUUGUAUACUAUUUAUUAAUUAAUUUAUUUUAUAUUGAAAUGUGUAAAAUAAGUGUGACCACAUAAGGCGCUUGUCAAUCAAUAGAUGUAAAUUACUGUAUCGAUUUUAUCAAUGAUUCAUUUUUAUGAUUUCCUCUUACAACUACAUCUUACAUCUAUCUCCUGUAUAUUGUUCUCCAGACACACUGGCGCCAUGACAUUCGUUCCUCCCCUUGUGAUAAACAGAUCAAUAAAACUUGAUACAAUGCCAACAGCCGAGACGCGUGACUAGCUGACAGAUGAAAUUGAAUUGAAUCGAUAGUUUUAUAACGAAGCGGGGCCGAAUACGACUGCCUAAAAAGGAGUGUUAUGUUUUUAGGGUUCAUUGAAAUUAGAAUAAUCUUCAUCACUGCUGAAUGCGUAGCUGAUUUAGAUGUAUGGCAUAUCGUGAAAUUUGUAUUCAAAGACAAUUUAAAUGCUAGUAUAUUUAUGGUAUUUAUGAAACUAUAUACUAAUACACUAAUACAAGAUACAGAUAAUAUCUUAAAUACUUCCUACACGAGAGAAGGCAAGCGUGGCGCGAAUUCGCCAGAGGAUUGAUAAGUCCGCCGUUCGCCUUAUAACUAAUAUGGUGCUACUGUAGUUAAUUCGUGUGUGACGUUUCUAUGUCUGCGCGUGUCAGCGGGUAAUUAAGUACUCAACUAAUUUUAUUUUGAGAUUACGCUAAUGUGGGCUUGUCUGUUAUAAAUGUCAUAUAGGUUGUCAAAAAGGUUUUUGAAAUUUUAGCAAUACAAACCCAUCGAACUAUAUAAAUAGACCAACAAAAAAAUAUAUUUGAUUUUUUUUAUUGUAUGUCUUUACUGAAGUAUAUAUAUAUACAUAUAUGUAUAGGUACGUUAAAUAUAUAGGAAUUGUAUGAAAUAAAAUGCAAUUAUGACAAUUCAAUAAUACAUUUGUUGAGUAAACUUUGACUUUAGUAUAUACAAGAUACAUGCACGUAUAUAAAGUAUAUUUUAAAAGUCUGGGAAGCGGUCUUUAAUUAACAAUGUUUUAGUACAUCACUUACCUUACCUUACCUUUAUCACUAUUUUCUGACAUCGUAAUAUGACAAAUAAACUAACCAAUAGAUAAAUCUGUUUGAUAUUGGACAGUUAGCCCUAUCUAACACUUGUGAAACACACUAUCUAUGCGAUAUGUAACAAGCCUUUAUGUAUAGGCUAUCAAACAGAUACUUCAGCAAGCAGUGAAACAGGUCCUUACUAUUAUAUAAUUACAAUGCGACAAGAAAUCACAAGUUUAUUUAAUGAGAGAACAGCUUGGGGAGGUUCUGCCAGCACUGGUGGUACUUUGGGUCCAGUUUCUGGCAGGUCUCCGCUCCCCACUUUGUGAUCGCCAUGCUCAAUGAAGACUCGAACAUAAACGCCUGAAAACAUUACUUUUGAAGAGCAAAUUAAAGAGAAAAUUAAUCCUCUGUUGGAAAAAGCAACAUUUAUUCAUUGUCUAUGACUUUUGUCUAUAUGUUUAUGUCCCGCGUGCUCUCUCUCUCUCUUCCCCUCUUUUUCUGGACGAAUACACGCAUUUCAUAACCUCCGGACCUUAUAUUACAUCAGCGCUAUUAAAUGCAGUCCUAAUAUUAUUUUCAUUCAUUAACACCCUCUUAUUCAUAAAAAGUCACAAGCUUGCUUGCUAAAGUAAGUUUUGUGUGUGACAAAAUAUAUUUUAGUUCAAAGUAUACCGUAACUUUUUCAUGAAUAACAGGGUAAGUAAAUAAAUAGAGAAACGACCUUUAGACCUUUAGCUGUGUAAUAAAAAUUGAACAAGACAAACUUUGCAAGUCCAAGGAUUUCGCAUUUUUGGUUGAAUAAAAUAAUCAUAUUUUGUACAGUACAUUAUCUUCAAGGAAAAGUAGUUUUCUCUUUCUUUCUCUCAUCUAAGCGUAUUGGUUUCUUUCCCAGCCAUAAAUUGUAAGAGUUCUGGGUCUGCUUCCUUACUUUUUCUUCUCAACUAUGCACGGUUUAUCUUUCUUAUCGACAUCAAGCCAACACCAUCGAAUCGAAAAGAAAAGUUUUGGAAUCUAUGUAAUGUUUUUCUGUGCCGGUUCCAGUCAUUAUUAACCACUAAUUAAAAACUAGUUGGUUUAGGUAUCAAUUCUAUAAGUCACGAUUAUAAAUGAUCCUUAAAUCGAACCUAGGAUCAGACCCAUGAAUACCUGUGUCCCCUCAGCAAUCUUCUCAGGCUUGAGGUCGGCAGCGGAGGCGCCGGUGAAGCACUGGAGGUCGGGGCCGUGGGGGGUCAUCAUGGAGUGCAGCGAGGCCCCGCCCGGCAGGAACCCGCCCGCUUUCGCCUCGUACGACCCCAAGAUCAGGCCCAUGAACUCGCUCAUGCAAUUCCCUGAAGUUUAAAUUCAUUUAUUAAUUUAUUUAUUAGAUAUAGAAGUCAUGUCAGCAACUUCGUAUGUACCUAUACAGGUAUGUUGUGUCGUGACGCUCUGUAUAACCUGUACCCGCGUAAUCCGCGUAGGGGGAUUAGAACAGACUAAAUAACCAAGUAGUUUGUAUACUUUGAUCCAGUAUAAACUCCGUUUUUUCUUACAAGACUUGUUAAUAAUAUUAUCAUGUCUUUAUUAUUUUACAACAAUAUACAGUAAAAUAGA